AUGACUGUAAGAUUUUCAAGAGAUUUUGAACCGCAACAUGCUCGUCGAAUACUAGAUGAGCUGGCACCAUCACAAGAAAUGAGAAAACCAAUUGAAAAUUUUGACAGUAUAUCGGUUGUUUCACUUGAAGAAGCAGACAAAUAUUUACUUGGUGGAGAUUUUCAUCAUGAACAAUUUCUUGGAAAAGCAGGUGAUAGAACUCUCUUCAAUAUUGAUUGUGAAUCUGGUAAACAUAUUCAACAACAUUCAUUCUUUCCGACUGAAGAUGAUAUCUUAUUAGUUGCUGCACGAAAAUUUAAAGUUGUUUCAUGUCUUGAUUCUGGAAACGGUCUUUUUAUUAUUCAAAUGAAAGAAGUCGAAUCGGAUUAUCCUCUAUUAGGAUCAUCACGUGGAAAAAAUUCAUCAUCUCAAGAAUAUAAUACUCGUGAAACAAGUUCGCAUUCAACCUCAUCUGAUUAUCAUAGUUCAGGACCACCUAAAGGUUCAAUAUCAUCGAAAUUUCCACCAGGACCUGCGCGUCUAAAUAUGUUUGGUUCUCCACUCGCAGGUGAGAGUCUUAAAAUGAUACGCAAUUUAGUGAAUCGUAUAUGGAAAAAAUUUCUCGGAUUGAAUCUAUACAAAAAACAUUCAAGUAAUGAACAUACUCUUGAAAAAGAACUUCUUUCUACUCGUAUUUAUUUGAUUGCAUUAAUUGUAUGUGUAUCUAUCAUUACUAUUACUGUUGCACUUAUCGUUCGACCUGUUGACAAAAUUGAAUAUAAACCUACACACGAGAAAUUUUUGCAAUUAAUUCGCAAGUAUCCGAGUACUCUUCAUUGCCCAUGUUCAAAAUCUUCAACAAACUAUGAUAAAUUCGUCACUACUAAAGUUAAUUUUCAUCAAGUCUGUUCGAGUGAAUUUAUUCAACAGACAUGGAUUGAAAAAUUAUUUACAAAUAAAAAUAUUUCAAGCGAAUCCAUUGAUGAUGUUCGUAUGACUCUUAGUUUUUUUUGGCAAACAAUUGCUGGUUUAUGUAUAUCAAGUAACAAAAGUUGGAAUGAUGUUCUUGCAAAUUUUGGAAUCACACGUUUUAUCACUCCUACGGCAGUUGCUGAACAAGUUAUUCGAGUUCAAGCUGAAAAUGCUCUUCAAAAUCAAAUAGAUCUAUCGAAAGCAACAUCAACUCGUAAUUUACUUACUUUUCAACGUAUAGCACGUGGAAAUCAAGUUAUAUCAGCUUUACAAACAAAUUUCUAUUUACGCUAUCCACCAGCACAUUUAAAUCCAAGAGGAUAUCCAAAAAUGACAGCUCGAACAUUCGGUAAUUGUACUUGUUUAAAUAUUGAAGGUUGUCCACGAUCUGCUACAUUUAAUGAUAGUUAUGGUCAUUUAAUUAAUGUACCAGGAAUGAUAGUAGAUUGUUUAAUUGUUGAUGGUACACUUAACUCAACACUUGAAUGUUACUAUAAUCAAUCAUGUAUUUCAAUUUUACAUGGACAAUUAUCGAUGAAUAUCAAACCAUUAUCGAAUAAAUCGGAUAAAAAUUUUUCUAUGUAUUCGACAGUACAAUCAAUCUUCGAUAAAUUAAUGAUAGAUGAAACAACAACCGAAAUUCGAUUUGAUAAAUAUUUUUCAGAAUGUAAUUGUCCUUUUUGUUCAUAUUCAUAUAGAAGACGUUUUGACAUUUAUUUUAUUUUCACGGCUGUUACUGGCUCUAUUGGUAUACUGCCAUUCAUCGUACGACACAUUGCAUCUUUUGUUGCCACAAAGAUUUUACGUCGAAAAAAUCGAAUUUUACCAAUGGAAAAUGUGUCAACUAUAACGUCUAUGGAACAGAAUCGUAAUCAACGUAUACAACUUCGCAUUCGGCUUUUAUUAAAUAAAUUAUGGCAAGGAAUACUAUCUUUGAAUCUUUUUGAAAAACAAACACAUCGUACACCUACUAACAUUUAUCGAGAACAACUCCUAACAAAAUUUUUCAUUUUUUUCCUUGUUAUUUUAUCAAUUGGUACUGGAGUAUACACCUUUGUUGUAGAGCAAAAUCAAGUGACAACAAUUCGAUAUCCAUCUCUUGAUACUUAUGAACAAUUGUAUAAGGAUCAUCCAAUCACAUUAUAUUGUCCUUGUUCACAAAUAGCUAUUCCCAAUAAAGUUUUUCUUAAUGUAACAUUUGUAUUACAUCAAGUCUGUUCAAGUGAUUUGGUUUCAUUAGAAUGGUUACAUUAUUUAAUAUUGUUUGAUCCGAUUCAUCUGCCGCUCAAUAGUGACUUCCCACAUGUUGAAGAUUUUCGUAAAAUGGGUGCUUCUUAUUUUCAACUUUUAGCUGCUUUCUGUUUAUUAGCUGAAACAAACAUUGCAGAUACACAGGAUGUAUUUAUGAAUACUGAAUUGAUUAAUGAUCGUGUUCCUUCAAGAUCACAUUUCACUCAACAAACUCAAGCUAUGAUGACUUCAUUUAUUCGUACAACACGCUAUGAUUUUGUACAAACAUUUAACUGGACAAAACUUAUUUUUCUUAAUAGUCCUCUUUACAAUGGAUUGAAUAGAAAUAUUGAUAUAGAAAAAAACAAUGACGGCCAAGCGGUUGCUAGAUUGCGUGUUCGUCCUUUAUUGUGGUUCUUAUCAGACGAUUCUCCACAUAUUGUGGGCAGCUGCACUUGUGGAUCAGAUCCUGAUUCCUGCUAUGCAAUCCCUGCAUUUUAUGGAAAUACAACAUAUCUUGGCAAUAUUAAUAAAUAUUUAUUGUUCAAAGUAAUAUAUAUUGGUUGUUCACCUUUAAGUGGUUUUUUCGAGUCAAAAACGGCAUGGUGGUAUAAUAUCGCAUAUAUGAAACAUAUUCAAGCAACUUAUUCCAUGGUUAUUCAUACUCAACCUUCACCAAAUAUCAAACCUCUUAAUGAAUCUAUAUCGACUCGAUUUGGUGAUAUCAAUACGCAGGAGUUACUUGAUGAAAUGCUACUCGAAAAAACAAUCAAUAAUGCAUCCUUCGAUAGAUUUUAUAACACAUGAUUAUCUUCAAUUGGUUUUCGUUUCAGAAAAUCUCCAAGUAUUAUCUAUGAUAAAAUUAAAAACUUCAACAUCUACGAAACAGAAUCAACUAAUAACAUUCAUAUUCGUCAACAACAAAUCUAUACAAGAGUUUAUCUAUUUCUUUACAUAAUUCUACUCAGUAUUGUACUCUUUUAUACAAUUCUGAUCGAACGUCGUAUUAGUAAAAGACGAGACUUACAUUCGAAUGAUGAUUAUGCAGAAUUAUUAAAUCUUUAUUCAGAUGAUAUCAGUUGUCCAUGCACAUAUACAUCAAUUCCUUAUGGUAAAUUUAUCACUAAAUUACAAGUCAAUUCAUUUCAUGAAAGUAUUCGAAUAAUUUUAUUUGCAGAUUUAGUAACACAUAUAAGUGGAAUACCGAUCUACGGUGAAGAGUACUCACUUUGGGGAAAAUCUUUCAUAGAAUCCUUGAAGCAACUUUGUUCUUUGGCAAAACACAAUGUUAACAAUAGUAUUGACGUAUUUCUUGUCUCAAAUUUGUUUACUAAUCAACUAAUGUCUCGCAGUAUAUUUAACACUGAAAUGAAUCAAAUACUAAGUCAAUUCAAAAAUAAAACAAAAACUACAUUUGCGCAUAUGUUAGACUUAAUUCGUUCAACUAUUCAAGGAAAUGCUUUACUAUAUAUAAAUUCAGAAGCUUGGAGUUUAGUUGCAGUUGGAACAGAUGAUAAAGGUGAUACUAAUUUCCUCAGUGUACCUGUUACGCUUCACAAUAUACAAGAUAAUACAAAUUGUUCAUGUGUUACUUUACGAACAUGUCGAAAACCACAACAAGUAAUGUUUGGUAGUAAUCGGAUUGAUAUUAAUGGUUUAGUCAUUGGUUGUCAUCAACUUGAAACACUACUUUUCUCAUCUUUAGCUUGUCUCUAUUCUUUCGCAUGCAUUAACGACCUUCGAAGAGUUUUUUACAUACUAUCGUUACCACUGAAUCAACCUGUCGGAUUGAAUGCGACAAGAACACGAUUCUCUGCGAAAGACACUGUUGAAAAGAUAGCACAUGAAAUGUUUAUCGAAUCAUGGUCGUCCCCUAAUAUAUCCUACGAAAGAUAUUAUAAUAGUUGCUCUCCAAGUUAUUGUAUUUAUACAUAUUAUCAAAAAUCUGAUGUAUUAGAAAUAUUAACAACAUUUUUGAGUGCAUAUGGCAGUUUAUCAAUUGUCGUUUACUUUAUCGUACCUUAUCUUGUUAAAUUAAUUAAAAAAAUUUUAAUUUACUGUCGAAUUACUCAACAACAAUGA